AUGGGCUCAACACAUGAUGUAUACUUUUUCAGAUAUUUGGUCAACAAACAGGUCUUUUUCCGCUCCAGACUCACUUAUGCAUUAGUCAAUUUAAAACCAUUGGUCCCGGGUCACGUCCUCGUGGUGCCACUUCGUACUUCAGUAUUAAGAUUCAGCGACUUAAUACCAGACGAAUCCGUUGAUUACAUGAAUACAUUGCAACUCAUUCACAAGUUUAUCAUCAAACACUACAAAGCCGACUCGCUCAACAUUGCCAUUCAGGACGGCCCCGAGCUGGGGCAACUGAUACCGCAUUUGCAUACGCAUAUUAUUCCACGGUACAAGACGGAUGGAUUUGGUGACUCGAUUUAUGAGAAAUUGGAAAAGUUUGAUCUCGACACUAGAUACCAAGAUUUUGAAAAGAGAAAACAAAUUGCAAUACAAGUAAGAGAACAGCAAGAAACAAACGAACUAAAUCAAGAUGAUUCGCAGAGAAUAGAGAGACUGGAAGAUGUCAUGGCUGAGGAAGCAAAGGAGUUGGCAAAGGCAUUAACCUCGUUUAUGGAUGAAGAUGGCGCUACCGAUAAGUUCGCCAACAUUACCCGCCGCCAAGAACACCACCAUCAACACAGUAACAGUAACAGUAACAGCAGCAAGAACAUUGCGUAG